AUGCCGGCCUCCAGUGGUGCGCCGUCGCGCUCCAGCCGCUCGCCCUCGCCACUGUCCACGUCUUACUCUCAAGACUCCGUCCCGGCUGCGUUCACGGGCAGCUACUUUGCGCCCAUCGUCGCACCCAUCGUGCGAACCGGCUCAAUCGACAGCGACGUUCACAUGACGGACGCUACCGACGGCACCGCCGACCACCAACCAAAAGUAGAGGGCGAGCGGUACUCGUCGCCGCUGUCUACGGCCUCGACAGGCACGUCGGCACCGACGAAAACACGAAAGAGAAACUAUACAGGCGGCGCUGCUGCCGCGUCAUCCUCGUCAAAGCGCGGUGGGGCCAAGGGAGCCACGUUGAGAGGCGGAGGAAGCGCGGCCAACGUGCGUCGGGGCGGCGCGGCCUCCAAGCCGAAGAGGAAGGGCACAGCCGCACCGGCGACAAAGUCAAAAUCAAAGAGUGGCAGUGGCAGCAGCGACAAACGAAGAGAUCCCUACUCGACAGCGUCUCCCAGCCCACGACCCAUCAAACGCGAAUCCAACAGUAGUGACGAGGACGCGACCGGCGACAACCACUUGGAGGCGGACGACGAAGACGACGAUCUCGAGGACGAUCGCUUGGGCGGCCACGAUGGCAACACGUCCGACAACGGGCCGUACUGUAUCUGCCGCGGGCCCGACGACCACCGCUGGAUGAUCCAGUGCGACGACUGCGAGGACUGGUUCCACGGCGACUGCGUCAAGAUCACCAAGGAGGAGGGCGAGGACAUGAUGCUGAGCUACAUCUGCCCCAACUGCACGAUCCCGGGACGAUACGUUACCCGUUUCCGCCGGCUGUGCUCUCUUCCGGGCUGUCGCAAGGCUGCGCGCCUCUACGGCGACGACGGUUCGUCUCCUUUGCCGCCUGACGAAGCGAGCCACUUUUGCUCCGACAGCCACCGCGACCAGUGGUGGGAUGCCCUCCUGGGACGUGUUGUCCAGGCCGACCGGAGAUCGGGCGCGUCGGCGGCAAGUUCAGCCGCCGCGGAAGCCAAGAUGGCCGUCGACCUGUUCACCCCCGCCCAGCUGGUCGCCGUGCUCGCGCACACCGACGAACCCGGCGUGGCCCAGAUGCUGCUGCACGGUCUCGUGCCGGACAACAAGACCGCGGCCGAUCUCGACGCCAUGAUGACCGUCGAGGAGCGCGCCACGACGCAAAAGUCGGCCGCCGACCGAUACCAUCUGGCGGAGCAGAUUGUCAUGUGCAAGAAGAUGCUGCAGCUGCUGGACAUGGCCAAGACGCGCAGCCAGGAGGCCAUCAAGGCGGGACUCGUCGAGCGCGACAGCUGCGGCUACGACGAUCGCCUGCAACAUGUCGCCGUGCAGCCGCACUUUUCCCUGUUCCUUGCGAGCGCCGAAGGCGCUGCGGUAUUCCGCGCGAACACGCUGCAGGCGCCGCAAUUUGACGAGGAGGGGCGUGCCAUCGACUACACGACGGGCAGUGACCUCACACACGCAAACGACGGCGACGACGUCCAGGACGGCGAAGGGGACAAGACGAAAACCCCAGCGACGGCGGGCAUGUGCGGCAAGCGCAAGUGCAAGGCGCACGCCGGCUGGUUCUCGACGCUGGCCCGCGACGUGCGCAUGCAAAUCCAGGAGCUGACGCGCCAGGCCGCUGCCCUGCGCGACAACGAGACGCGCAUCCGCCUAGCCGCCAUCCAGCGCACAUUUGUGAAACAGCACUCGGCCUACGAGGUGCGCUAUGUCGGCGACUCGGAUAACUCCUUGACCUCGUUGGCGGGUACUGACGAGGACGAAAACGAGGACGACGACGAGGACGAAAGUUUUGAGAGCGAGAGUGACGAGGCGACCGAGGAACCCGGCCAUCCAAGUGAUGCCGUCGACACCAAGAUGGACCAUAUUGGCGACGAGGACGAGGACGAAGACAUGGUAGACCUCGUUGGCUAUGGCGACGACGACGAGGACGUCGGUGGCACCGAUGCACGAGCCGCAAUGACGGACGAGCAACGGACAGGCGCUGUGUCGCGCGACUACACCGCAUCACCGGCCUACAACCGCGGUUACGGUGGUGAAAAGAAGCCGGUCAAUGGCAGCAGCAGCUAUGACGACGAGCUGCGGCGCAAAGGUCAUAGCCCAAACACGGACGGCACAGUUAGCGACUGA